UCUCCCAUGCAGUGCGGUGCAGUGUAUACAUGUUCUGUACAGACACGGAGAGAUUUGAAUUAGCCAGAGAGGAGAGGAGAUGAGGCAGCAAAAACUGGCCGUGAACGAACUUUACACGGCGGCAGUGAGUGGCGACGAGAAGUUUCUCGAUGCCAAUAGCGAACAUGAUUUGCUGAGUUGCCAGACGCCUCUGGGAAACAACAUCAUUCACCUUGCGGCGGAAGGUGGCAAAACGUCCUUCAUUAAGAAAGCUGUAGGGCUGCGCCCUUUUCUUAUAACCCAGCAAAACCAGAAAGGAGAUACUCCUCUCCAUGUGGCCGCCAGGUUUGGGCACACUGAUGCGGUCGAACUUCUCUUGCAGGACGGUACUACGACUGCUCCUCCUGAUUCUGUGUCGAUUAACAUUGAAAAGGAUGAAGGUGAUUUAAUAUUGGAUAGGCGUCCUUGGAGGAUGAGGAACUUGGAGGGUUCCAUGGCCCUCCACGAUGCUAUGAGGAAUGGUCAUGAGAAGGUGGCGCUGCUUUUAUUGCAACGAGACCCUCACUUGGCCUCCGUUGUCACCGACGCCGGCGAGAGUCCGCUUUAUCUUGCUGCUGAACAGAGGUGGUACCGGAAUGUUGUGGAGAAGAUUUUAACAUCGGGAGCUCCAUACAGCACCCAGGGCCCCUGGAGACAGAAUCUCUUGCAUGCCAUGGCGCUUAAUAUUUACGUAUGGGAUGGCAAGUGUGUAGAAACUGUAGUGGAUGAACAUCCGGAUCUUGUAAAGCAGAAAGAUGAAUUUGGAAGGACAGCUCUACACUAUGCCGCAAUUAGUCGUUGGUCAUCAAGCUUUGCUAGUUGGCUAUUAAGGAAAGAUGUGAGCGCAGCAUACGAACAUGAUGCAAAUGGCCUCACGCCUUUGCUUUUAGCUGCAAGUGUGGGUGGAAGGGCUAUUAUAGAAGAAAUAUUGAAAUAUUGUCCAGAUUCUAUGGAGUUGCUUGAUAGAAAAGAUCGGCAUAUCCUUCACGCUGUCAUUGAAUCAAAUAGUUAUCGUACCUUUCAAGUGUUAUUGAAAAAUCCACAGAUGCAAAAGCUUAUUAAUAAGCCUGAUAAAGAAGGAAACACGCCUUUACAUCUGGCAAUUCAAAAGAAAGAUUAUCCGGUACUUAAGGAACUCUUGACAAACAAAAAUGUUGAUAUUAUGCCAGAAAUCAAAGUUACUAUUCGCGAUCAUUUGCGAAGUGACCCAGAAUUUCAGAUUUUUUAUGAGAAGAACGAUCUAGUUGACGAGCUCUGGCGACCAAAUGAACGCAGCCAGCUGCGAGUCGGGAAGGACUCGAAGGAUCCGUUGUCGCAGAAAAUUUUAUCCAUGAAGGAAAUGGAAUUGUUCAAAUCCAGAUACUUCAGCAGCGACCCCAGGCCCUUCGGUGAGCUUCUAAAAGAAACAUCCGACAAUUUGUCGGUGGUCGCCACCCUCCUCACCACCCUGACAUUCGCGGCAGCGUUCACCAUUCCCGGCGGCUACAACAACAACCCUCCCAGGGAGGGCAUGGCGGUGCUCGGAAAGAAGGCAGCGUUUCACGCGUUCAUAUUGUCGGACACAGUCGCCGUGUGCUCUUCCGUAAUCGUGGUGUUCCUCCUGAUCUGGCAACAAAGAGACUUCGUGACCUUGAAGCGCCGGAUCACCUACAGCAUCAGGUUGCUCAUCGUUGCUAUUGGCGGCACGCUGGUGGCUUUCAUGAGCGGUCUGUACGCCGUCAUAUCCGGUGAAGUGUUGUGGCUCGCCGUCCUCGUCUGCGUCGCCAGCUCCGUCUUCCUGCUCAUUUUUGUCAUUUUGAUCCUCGCGGCUGCUUUUGGCUCUUUCAAGAAAAUGUUUAACUUCGUGUUCCUAAUUGCAGAAGAUAUUUUCCUUGAAUGGUGAGGCAAGAUUUGUAACAAUGUGACAGUGAUUGGGAAAGUGAUAAUUUAUCAAAUCUGUAUUCUGGAGUAGGUCCAACUCCCUUUUGUUUCAUUUGGAUUGGGAAGACUUUUCAUAUGUUGUUGGGGAUUUUUCCUACCUCUCCUCUCUUUGUUCUUCUUUAUUGUUGGGGGAGAUUUUAAAAAGAAAGGUUUGUGGUCUUGUAAUUUGGUUGAAUUUAUAUUUGUAUAAAUUUAAAUCAAAAUUUAUAUUUUAUUUAAUUAAAUUUAUUUAAA